AUGUCUUACGGAAGUUCACCUUACACACAGCCACCACCUGGAUAUGACGAAGAAGCACAUCAACCCCUUAUGGGCUCUGUUGAUGACAUGUACAAGGAGACAGUAGCAAAUAGCUCAUUGGAAAUAAGACUUCAAUUUGUCAGAAAAGUGUAUUCAAUCUUGGCAUCACAACUAUUAGCUACUAGCUUAUUGACCGCUGUAUACAUGUACAAUGCCUCCAUUAAACAUUGGGUUCAGUCAAAUCAAUGGUCGCUUAUUCUAUCUGUAUUGGGCGCUCUGGGUGCUAUGCUUGCUCUCUACUGGAAAUCACGAUCAUAUCCUCUUAAUUAUGGCUUAUUAGCCUUGUUUACAUUACUUGAAGGCCACGCAGUAGGAACAAUAGUAACUUUUUAUAACCAACAACUCGUACUUGAAGCACUGCUAAUCACUUUGGCUGUCUUUAUUGGACUCACCCUAUUUACUUUACAAUCAAAAUGGGAUUUUUCAGGUUUAGCACCAUUUUUGAUUGCGGGGCUUUGGGUAUUGAUUAUUGCAAGUUUUGUACAGAUCUUUUUCCCUUUCUCCAAGGGAAUUCAACUAGCCAUUGCUAUUGGAGCUGUCAUCAUCUUUUGUGGAUACAUUGUGUUUGAUACGUACUUGAUCUUUAACAGAUACUCUCCAGAGGAUUACAUUUUAGCUUCUAUCAGCUUAUAUCUUGAUAUCAUUAACCUUUUCCUCCGUAUCUUGGAAAUCUUGAAUGCAACAAGUAACAAUGAAUAA